AUGGAGAAUUGUUCAGAGGUAAAGGAGUUCAUCCUUGUGGGAUUAACAGAUUCCCCUGAACUUCAGAUCCCUCUUUUCAUAAUAUUCAGUAUUAUUUACCUUAUCACUCUAUUGGGGAACCUGGGCCUGGUGUUCCUGAUAUUGUGGGACUCUCAUCUUCACACACCCAUGUACUUUUUCCUCUGUAACCUCUCUCUGGUAGAUUUGGGCUACUCUUCAGCCAUUACUCCUAAAGUGAUGGCUGGAUUGCUCCCAGGGGACAAAACCAUUUCCUAUAAUGGAUGUGCUGCACAAAUGUUUUCCUUUGCGUGUUUUGCGACUGCUGAAAGUUAUCUCCUGGCUGCUAUGGCCUAUGAUCGCCAGGCUGCUGUGUGUAAGCCCCUCCAUUACACCACCACCAUGACAUCCAAUGUGUGUGCUUGUCUGGCCAUUAGUUCCCAUAUUUGUGGUUUUCUUUCUGCUUCCAUUCACACAGGGAACAUAUUCAGCCUUUCCUUUUGUAAUUCCCGCAUGAUAAAUCACUUUUUCUGUGAUGUUCCACCCCUCUUGGUUCUCUCCUACUCUGUCUCAUACAUCAAUGAAGUAAUUGUUUUCUUUGCUGUAGGAUUCAAUGUCUUCUUUGCCCUUUUUUUCAUCUUGAAAUCCUAUUUUUUAAUUUUCAUUGCCAUUUUGAAGAUGCACUCAGCUGAGGGCCGCCAGAAGGCCUUCUCAACCUGUGCUUCCCAUCUCACAGCUGUGUCCAUAUUCUAUGGGACAAUAAUUUUCAUGUACUUGCAACCCAGCUCUGGGCAUUCCAUGGACAUAGACAAAAUGGCUUCAGUGUUCUAUACCAUGGUCAUCCCCAUGUUGAAUCCUUUGGUCUAUAGUCUGAGGAAUAAGGAAGUCAGUAGUGCUUUUAGGAAAAUCAUGGAGAAGACAAAGUCUUCAUUAGGCAUGUCCUUUUAA